GGUGUACCGGAUGGCGUACUCCGGGAGCCAUGUUGGUUUCCGUUGGGCUGAAAGUUGAGGGACAAGUUUGAACUGGGGCGCGAGCGAGACAGACAGCGGCUGCGCCCCAGUCCCCCACCUACCACCAAUAACCCGCCCCCUCCCCCCCGCGCGCGCGGGACCGCACUGCCCUGGAAGAGGACCCGCCUGCUCUCAUUCGACCGUCCGCAAUGCGCCGCAGCUGAGAGGCGACACACAGGCCGGAGAGGGAGCGACCGACCGUGAGAGUCCAGAAUGAUUUCCAACCAGCAGAGCAGCAACCGGCCCCGGGCCAACAAUGUCGGCUCAAUGCUGCUGACCCCGCAGGAGAACGAAGCGCUCUUCAGUUGCCUCGGGAGGAAAUGCCUGACAUUAUCAUCAGCCGUUGUUCAAGUAUUUGCUGCAGAGCGCAGUUCACAUUGGACGAAAAAAUGCUGUGGAGUCGCCUGCCUUAUCAAAGACAAUCCUCAAAGGUCUUACUUUAUCCGCGUUUAUGAUAUAAAGGAUGGGAGAUUAAUGUGGGAGCAAGAAAUGUACAACAAUUUUGUUUAUAAUCCAUCUCGAUCAUACUUCCAUACUUUUAUUGGUGAUGCAAAUCAAAUAGGACUUAAUUUUGCAAGUGAAGAAGAGGCAAGAAGAUUCAAGUUUGCAGUCAGUGACAUAAUUGGAAGACGCCAAAGAAGAACUGAGAAAAGGCGAGAGCCACCACUAAACGGACCGUCUCUUCCUAUGGCUACAGUUGACAUUAAGAAUCCAGAAAUUACCAAUGUUCGAUACAAUGCACAAGUUAACAAUUUUGCAUAUGCCAAAGAUAAGAAGAAAGUCAAAGGUAAAAAGAAGAAAUUGACUAAGGCGGACAUUGGCACACCAAGUAACUUCCAGCAUAUAGGACAUGUUGGCUGGGACCCGAAUACAGGUUUUGAUCUGAAUAAUCUGGAUCCUGAGUUGAAGCAUCUAUUUGACAUGUGUGGGAUUUCUGAGUCACAGCUAAAGGACAAAGAAACAUCAAAGAUCAUUUAUGAUUUUAUAGAGAAAAAAGGAGGAGUUGAAGCUGUGAAGAAUGAGUUGCGUAGACAGGGUUCACCACAAUGGUUUGCUCCACCACCACCACCACCUCCACCUUCUAGAGGAGGACCACCACCACCCCCACCUCCACAUAGUUCUGGACCCCCUCCUCCUCCUCCAGUUCGUGGGCGUGGUGCACCACCACCUCCGCCCCCAUCAAGAGCCCCAUCAGCAGCUCCUUCAGCAGCUCCCCCACCACCUCCACCUUCCAGGCCAGGAGUAGGAGCACCACCCCCACCGCCAAGUAGGUUAUACCCUCCCCCUCCCCCUCCACCAGUCCCAUCCGGUCCUCCACCACUACCGCCUCCAGCUCAUCCUGUUUCUGGAGGUCCAGGAGCUGCUGGGCCCCCACCACCACCUCCACCUCCACCACCUGGCCCUCCACCACCUGGUCCUCCUCCACUCCCUGCUACAGUCACUGAAAAUGAUCAUUUUCCUUCACCUACUGGCAACAAAUCAGCUCUGCUGGAUCAAAUCCGUGAAGGCACUCAGUUGAAGAAAGUUGAACAAAGCAAUCGGCCGGUGUCUUCCUCAGGAAGGGAUGCACUAUUAGACCAGAUAAGGCAGGGUAUACAGCUUAAGACUGUAAAUGACCAAGAUUCUUCUUCUCCUUCAACGCCUACACCAACAGCAGGAAUUGUAGGAGCACUGAUGGAAGUGAUGCAGAAAAGGAGUAAAGCCAUUCACUCUUCAGAUGAAGAUGAGGAUGAAGAUGAGGAAGAAGACUUUGACGAUGAUGAUGAAUGGGAAGAUUAGAUUUUCUUGGCAAGAUUGUAAACCUUUCUAUCUUUCUUAAUCUUGUAAAAUUGUCCUGUAAAUGUUCUGCAUAUUUUGCUGUAUAUUUUUGUUGCCUUUGCUCUUUUCAUAACCUGUGCAAUACCUCAUUUAAUAAUUCCUUAGACAAAGCAUUGUGGAUAGUUAUUCCCAAUGCAAAGUAUGUGUUGGGAGAUAUAAACAACUACAUAUGAAUGUGUUCUUUCCAGCAACGAAAGAAAUUGUGAUUGAGUAGCAGCAAAGUUGACAGAACUUUAAUUAUGCUUGUUAAAAGCCAGAAUAGCAACACUAUUUUUUCAAAACCAUGCGAUUUCUGUACCUAAGAAGAAGCAUCUCUUAUUAAAGCUUCGCAUAGCACUAUAACUUUUUUAAAUACAGCGCUUCUAUUCGAUUCCUUCAGUACUUCAUUGUUCUGAAGCUCAGAUUUUUGCACCCUUCUAAAGUAAUUUGUCACAUGAAUGCACAGCUUACAAGGCAGCUCAUUUGUGUCUUACUGUUUAGCAAUACUGUCUGGGUGAUUCAAAGAUGCACAGCAACUUAAGAGUGUUUUAUACUGUAUGCAGCAAUACUGUCAAUCACGACUAUUUUCAGUUGAAAUCCCCUUACUUAUGUCUGUUACUUUAUUGAAUAUUUAUGCUCCUGGCUUAUUCCAUGCCUAUUGGAACUUAAAGUCAAGCUUUUCAAAUAGGAAUUCUGGUCCUCUUGUGAAUACUCUAAACACAAUCAGGGGACACAUUUUUAACUCUUAAAGUGCUAAGUGACAGCAUUUCUUCUCAUCAAAGUGUAUAUUUGGCAGUGUUAAGGGUUAACGGAAAAUAACCUAAUAUUCAGUUUUUGGAGGUGAAGGCUGUGAUUAGGAAUUUGCAUUUAAUAUAUUCACAAAGGGCUGUGCUUAAUGCUUGUUAAACGGCAAUUUGGGAAAUAUUGGAAAUGAACUUGUAAUAAUGAAUAUCAACAUCAGUAUCAUUACAUUACAGUCCUUGAUGUCUUUGGAUCAGAAUUAAAGAGCAAACUCUCAAUACAGAUUGCAAUUAUGAAAUGGAACUUUUAACGGAAAAAUAUAUAAAUAAAUGUUUAAAAUCACUGAAAAAUAUCCUUCUUCGCAUUCAAGAUUUAUUGAGGGUGCAGAUGUAUUAUUGAUCGCUCAUCUUAUUGUCUUUCAUCCAGCUGCAAUAAUUGAGCCUUAUUAACUACCCCAUGAAUCACUCCUGCCCUUUCAAGCUGUAAUAUCCAGUCCAAGGCUUGUGUGGAUAGUGCACAAAUUUAUUCUCUCCUGAUUUUUAGAACUGCUGGUUUGUUUAGGAUCUGUGACCAUUCACCAUACUAGUGUAAAGCAUUGUGGCUGUCUUGGCUCAAUUCCAGAAAUCAGAAUAAUUUCCACACUGUUUUGUAGUACUCAAUCUCCAUUUUUAUGAUUGUCACUGUUUUCUGCAACGUUAAGAAAAAAACUUCGAUUUUACAAUUUUUGUUUGCCUAAUUGCCUUCGUGUAACUGAGAUUAAGGCAUGCUCACAAAGCCUCGCAUUUCAAUGUCUAUAUCACUUUUCAUUUUCAGAAGUGUUAACUGUUGCAACAAAAUUAAAGUUCUGUAAAGUCUGAAAAGCAUUCUAUUAUCCACCAAAGGUGAAAACAACUUACCCAUUGUAGUUGAUGACUUUUUACUAAUCGUUUUGAGUGUUACAGAAUCUAUUUGCAGUUAUAACGCAUUACGAUAUUUCAAUCAGUUUUCAUGUGACCAGAUUUGAUCAUUGCUUUAUUUCAAGUAUUAUAUGGCAUAAUAGGCAUAUUCACACAUUUGGUUCAUAUUCUAGAUAAGUGCAUGUUGUAAGAGCACUGGUACUGCUGACAUGUACAAUUUAGAAAUGUUUUAAAAGGUGGACAGGGUGGGGUGGGAGGGGGUGGGCAUCACAUGCAGCUCGGGAUAUAAGAGAGUGGAGUUGAAGCCACACAUCUGGCAUGAUUUUACUGAAUGGCACAGCAGGCUUGAAGGGUCAAGUGGCUUAUUCCUCCUGAUUUUAGAAGUAUGGUUUAAUGAUGUUGAAUAUGAUCAUUGAUCAAACACGCACACGAGCAGUUCCCAGCAAAUUUUAAGUUAUUAAACAAUGAGACUUGAUGUAAAUUUGUUGACUCAUGAAUAGUGUUGCUUCUCUCUCUGCUAAUGGUAAGACAGAAUUUCAAUAAAGUUUGUGCAGCUCAGGC